UUAUUACUGUAUGCUCAUUGCAUAUCGUUAUUCGAAGGAUUGGAAAAUUUGACAAUCUUAAUUAAUUGUAAGCUCCACAAAGACUUUAGCCAAAUUCUCCGGCUUUGGCGAAUACAAAAAGGCGGUACUUCUUUAGUUAAUUAUUCCUUAGAGAGGUUCAUUGAGGAUUAUUAGGUGGCUUGAGUUAUUAGCAAGAUGACAGAUGUGGAAAGCAAACAUGUUGAGACACCAAUGAGUGAUAAAGCAACUGUGGAGCAAAUUGCAGAAGAACAAAAGGCAGUGGGAAAUGAUUAUUAUCGAAAAAAGAACUUUAGUGAAGCCAUCAAGGCUUACACUUCUGCUAUUGAGCUUGGAACGGGUACCGCCAAAGGUGUCUAUUAUUCAAACAGAGCAGCUGCUUACAUGCUCAUGGGAGAGUUUGAAUUAGCAUUAAGUGAUGCUAAGCAAUCUGAUCGGUAUAACAGUAAUGUUCCGAAGACGCAUGCUCGAAUUCGCCAAGCCAUGGAAGGAUUAUCCGUACUUAAUGAAGCUGAGGUUUAUUUGAAAAACAAGCAAGGUGGUCUAGCUCUUAACGCUUUGGAUCGCUUGCAUCGUCGCCUCGAUGGUGCUGCUAAGCCUCCAGCCUUAUGGUCGUACUUGAGAGCCCGUGUGUAUAUCUGUCAAAAUGAUUUAAGUCAAGCGCAGAAGAUUGCUCUCGGAUUCCUUCGUGAGAACCCUAGAAAUGUAGAGGCUCUUGUAUUGCGUGGUCAAGUCCUUUACUAUUCUGGAGAAAACGCGAAGGCAAUUACGCAUUUUCAAGAAGCUUUGAAAUUGGAUCCUGAUUGCGCUUCUGCUAAAACGUUUUUUAAACGUGUUCGUUCACUUGAAAAUACCAAGGCUCAAGGAAAUGAUGCAUUUAAGCAAGGUAAACUUGAUAAAGCUAAAGAGUUAUAUUCCAAGGCCCUCGACAUUGACGUUGAUAAUAAAUUCACGAAUGCCAAAUUGUACAUGAACCGUGCCACGGUACUCUUAAAGUUGAAAAAGCCAGAAGAAGCUCUCAACGAUAGUAAUAAAGCUUUAGAGAUUGACUCCGGCUACGUUAAGGGUUUCAAGACUCGUGCUAAAGCUCAUGAGGCUUUAGAACAGUGGGAGGAUGCCGUACGUGACAUUCAAAGUGCGAUUGACUUAGACUCAGGCGAUUCCUCAUUGCGCCAAGAGCUCCGCCGCUUGCAAUUAGAAUUGAAGAAAUCUCAACGCAAAGACCAUUAUAAAAUUUUAGGUGUGUCUAAGAACGCGACGGAUGCUGAAAUUAAAAAGGCUUAUCGGAAAAUGGCACUUGUCUAUCAUCCGGAUAAGAAUGCUGGCGAUGAAAAGGCUGAAGCUAAAUUUAAAGAAAUUGGUGAAGCUUACGGUAUUUUGUCUGACCCCGAAAGCAGACGUCGUUUUGAUUCUGGUGCUGACUUAGAGGGCGGUAUGGGUGCGGAAGGUGCCGGUAUGGACCCCUAUGACAUUCUUCGUACUUAUCAAGCCAGCGGUGCUGGUGGUUUUCCUGGCGGUGGCUUCGGUGCUGGUGGUUUCCCUGGCGGUGGCUUCUAUUCUCAAGGUUUUAGCACCGGAGGCUACCCUGGCUUUAGCAGCUUCCAAUUCUAAAAAAUCAAUGAUCUUGGAAUAUUGUUAUAUCUCGUUGACUUGUUGAAAGGUAUAUAGAUCAUUUAAUGAUUCCAUCUUUUUUUUGAAUCGCCUGUUUUGUGUUUUCAGGUUUUUUAUUUGUCUUUCAUUGAAUGCUGAACACUAGAAAUGUAUUGAAUGUGUUUACGAGAAGCUUCUAGCGUUCAAGUCUUUUUAUUCCUGCUAAGAUCCUCUAAGGCAUUACUUUUUGCUGUCCUUUAUCGUUUACGUAUUCUUUGCGUUUUGUAUAAUUACAUACAGUUUAGAUACUUGUAUAUAUAAUAAAAGGUUAUUGGAAUAAACAAUUAAAA